AUGAACCACCCAGCUCCUGUAGAAAUCACAUACAAGAACAUGAGAUUUCUUAUUACACACAAUCCAACCAAUGCGACCUUAAACAAAUUUAUAGAGGAAAAAGAAGGCAUCCAUGUUCUUGACUGGCCUUUUGAUGAUGGUGCACCACCAUCUAACCAGAUUGUUGAUGACUCAUUAAAUCUUGUAAAAAUCAAGUUUCAUGAAGAACCUGGUUGUUGUAUUGCCGUUCAUUGUGUUGCAGGCCUUGGGAGAGCUCCAGUGCUUGUUGCUCUCCCAUUAAUUGAAGGUGGAAUGAAAUAUGAAGAUGUAGUACAAUUCAUAAGACAAAAGCAGCAGGGAGCUUUUAACAGCAAGCAACUUCUGUAUUUGGAGAAGUAUCGUCCUAAGGUGCGGCUGCACUUCAAAGACUCCAAUGGUCAUAGAAACAACUGUUGCAUUCAAUAAAACUGGUGUGCCUGAUGCUAUUGCCUUGGAAGUAAAACUUGAGA